AUGCUUCUUCCAAAUGCAGUGGUCAAGGGCAGCGGCAGAAAGAGCACGGCGCCGUUCAAACCAAAACUUCCACACCGCCGCGUCACCUUCUCCACGGCGAACCAGGCCCAGGACACCCAGGACUCCUCCCAGCACAGCUACUACGACAGCGGCCUGGACGAAUCUGAGACGCCCAGCUCCAAGUCCUCCUCCGGCCCCCGCCUCGGGCCCCUCGCUCUGCCGGAGGACCACUACGAGAGGACCACGCCCGACGGCAGUAUCGGGGAGAUGGAGCACCCAGAGAACGGUAAGGCCCGCUGA